AUGUCAGCCUCUAUUCCAGAAACCAUGAAAGCCGUCAUCAUUGAAGAUGGCAAAGCUGUUGUCAAGCAGGAUAUUCCCAUUCCUGAAUUGGAAGAAGGAUUCGUUCUGGUUAAGACCGUUGUUGUUGCUGGUAACCCCACCGAUUGGAAGCACAUUGACUACAAAAUUGGGCCUCAAGGUUCCCUCCUAGGCUGUGACGUUGCCGGCCAAAUUGUUAAAUUGGGUCCAGGCGUCGAUUCCAAGCACUUUGCCAUUGGCGAUUACAUUUACGGGUUUGUUCACGGUGCCUCCGUGAGAUUCCCCUCCAAUGGUGCCUUUGCCGAAUAUUCAGCCAUCUCAUCCGAGAUUGCUUAUAGACCAGCCAGGGAAUGGAGAUUGUCUGGGAAGGACAGUCUACCUGAAGGUCCCGUUAAGUCCUUGGAAGGUGCUGUUACCCUUCCAGUGUCUUUGAGCACUGCUGGUAUGAUCCUAACCCAUAAUUUUGGUCUGGACUUGAAGUGGGAACCCGCCACCCCACAAAGGGACCACCCCAUUUUAUUAUGGGGUGGUGCCACCGCCGUGGGUCAACCACUGAUCCAGUUGGCCAAAAAACUGAACGGUUUUACCAAGAUCAUCGUCGUCGCUUCCCGGAAACACGAGAAGCAAUUGAAAGAAUACGGUGCCGAUGAACUUUUCGAUUACCAUGAUGCUGAUGUUAUCRAACAAAUUAAGAGGAAGUACAACAAUAUCCCCUACUUGGUGGACUGUGUCUCUGAUCUAGGCACGCUGCAACAGGUGUACCAAUGUGCCGCUGAUGAACUGGAUGCCACCGUCAUUGAAUUGACAAGUUUAACUGACAAGAACGUUAAAGAGGAAAACAGGAGGCAAAACGUCAGUGUCGACGGGACCAUGUUGUACCUGAUAGCCGGCAACGACGUUCCAUUCGGAAACGUGACUUUACCGGCCGACCCGCAAUACAAGACAGCCGGCAUCAAGUUCAUCAAAUUCAUCAAUGCAAAGGUCAAUGACGGCGAAAUCCACCACAUCCCUGUCAAGGUCUACAAGAAGGGGCUGGACGAUAUCCCACAACUCCUUGACGACAUCAGGCAGGGCAAGAACUCUGGUGAGAAACUGGUUGCAGUUUUGAACUAG